GGUGUACUUAUCAUUUGUCUUCUCCGCCUUUGUAAGAUAAGCUCAACAAAUCAGCUAACGCUAUCGUGUAUAUAUUUUUUUAUUUUAAAAUAUUAUGUGUUGCAUAAAUAAAUUAAAUUUAAGUUUUAGACUGUUUUAAUGCCACCUUUUCUCCAAUAAAUAAAUAAAAAAUAAUGAAAAAAAUAAUACAUUUCAAGACGCUUUUUGUGACGUCAGAGGUUAAAGUUGAACCCUGAAAAGGAAACAAGACCGUAGCGGUCUGCGGCUCCACCGGGGUGCAGCAUUUUCCACUACAUGUUCUCUUUAUUUAAUUUUUUUAAAGGAAUACCACGACAAAAAUGUUGCUGUCGGCAUUACGGACACGGAUUUUUUGUGGCUGCAGAAGUGCUGGUAAACAGUUUCAAUACAGCAACCGGAGUCCGCAGGUUCGACAAUGGCUUGUAAAGAGAAAUCAGAGCACCAUCACGGUGGAGUCAGGAACAACCUCCACGCCAGCUGCCACCGUUCCCAACGCAGCCACAAAUCGUAUAGUUGGUCGCUGGUUACUUGGCUGCAGUGGGCUGGUUGUUGGAGCUGUGGUUCUGGGUGGUGUUACAAGACUAACAGAGUCUGGGCUUUCCAUGGUUGACUGGCAUUUGGUCAGAGAGAUGAAGCCUCCUCAAACACAAGAAGAAUGGGAGGCUGAGUUUUCCAAGUACCAACAGUUUCCAGAGUUCAAAAUACUGAAUCAUGACAUGACUCUGCCAGAAUUUAAAUUUAUUUUCUACAUGGAGUGGGGUCAUCGCAUGUGGGGCCGACUGGUUGGUUUGGCGUACAUCCUUCCCACCAUCUACUUCUGGAGAAAGGGAUACUUCACUCGCUCCGUGAAAGGAAAAGUGUUGGGGCUUUGCGGCUUUGUCUUCUUCCAGGGUCUUUUGGGGUGGUACAUGGUAAAAAGUGGACUGGAGGAGAAGCAGGACUCGUAUGACAUCCCCCGGGUCAGUCAGUAUCGUUUGAGCGCUCAUCUGGGUUCGGCUUUGUUGCUCUACACUGCCAGUCUUUGGAUGGGGCUUACCAUGCUGCUUCCAGCUCACAAGAUGGUCGAGUCCAGACGUCUUAUGAAGCUCAGGAGGUUUGCUAAGGGUACCGGUGGGCUGGUCUUCCUCACUGCUUUAUCAGGUGCAUUUGUUGCUGGGCUGGACGCUGGGCUGGUGUAUAACUCCUUCCCCAAGAUGGCAGACAAAUGGAUUCCUGACGAUCUGCUGGCCUUCUCUCCCACCCUCAAGAACUUCUUUGAAAACCCCACCACCGUGCAGUUUGACCACAGAAUAUUGGGGAUCUCAUCCUUGGCAGCAAUUACAGGUCUGUAUCUGUUCUCCCGGAGGAUGUUGUUGCCCAGGAGGGCUAAGAUCGCCAUCAGCCUCCUGACAGCGAUGGCUUAUACACAGGUUGCCCUUGGUAUCAGCACGCUGUUACUGUAUGUCCCCACUCCUCUGGCAGCCACUCAUCAGUCCGGUUCUGUGGCUCUCCUCACAUUUGCCAUUUGGGUUCUCGCAGAACUGCGCCGGAUGCCUAAAUAAGAGUUGCCUCCUUUGCCCGCAGCCUUAUUGACAUUACAGACCCUGCAGAGCGGCACAGUGAAACAUUUGGAGCAAAAAGUGGAUAAAUGGAAGUCACCACAAGCAGUGUAAGCAAAUAAAGACUUAAAAAAAUAGAGAAAUUAGGUAAAACUGUCACUUCAGCUGUGUUUCUGUCUUAAUUUUUUUUUCGUUUGAUAUUUAUUUAAAAGAUGAUUUGUUUUGAUUAUUUUUUCAUACCUUUAAGCAUUUGCUUUGUUUUGUAACCCACCAAAAACAAUCAAAAUAAACACUUAAAAAGUUGUACUUCAGACUGUUUGCAUAGUAAUUGUGACUUUAUUGUCUCUUUACAAAAUAUACAUAUUUUAAAUAUGUAAUUCAACCAGUUGAGGCUAGCUAACUAGACAGUCAGUACACCAGGUUAUUAUGUUUUCAUUAUUCUAGACACAGUACAUGCGGGUAUAGACAGGUUUCAUUUGUGGACAGGAACAGUAUGAGCCAAACAAGUUUUGUUCUGAUAAAAGAAAAAUUAUAAUGAAAAAAAAAA